AUGCCAGCCGCCUCCGCCCCCGCUUGCAUCGUCGUCACGGGUAUCCAGGGAUGCGGCAAGACGACGAUGGUCAACGCGUUCGUCGAGUCCCUCCUCCCCGACUCCGCGCGCGACCCCCGCGCGCUCGAGGCCACGACCACGACGGACGUGCUCGAGACGUGUAGGCUCGAGGGACCCCCGCGCGCUCGAGGCUCGCCGGCCGCGCGCGUCGCCGGGUUCGCGCCGUCCCACGAGCAGAUCUCCGCGCAGGAACGAGACGCGAUGGUCGCGGACCCGCGCGGUCGCGCCGCCGCGGCGCGUCUCGCGCGGGGGGUGCUUCCCGUCGGGCUCACCACGAGGGUCACAACCCGCGUCGUGGCAGCGCCGAGAGACGCCGCGUUCGCCGCGCGCGUCUCCGUCACCUACGCCGCCGAGGCGGAGAUCCACUCGCUGCUCCAACGCGCGCGUCUGGCGCACGGGCAGUCCCGCGGGCCCCCGCUCAGCGUCAACGACGAAGACGCCGAAGCGACAGACGCCGACGCCUCGUCCGAGUCCUCGGCCGAGUCCUCCUCCUCCGGCGCCCCCCGCGUCGCACCGACGGCCAGCCUGACGACGCGAGACCUGCACCGAGUCGCCGCGGUGCUCGGCGUCCGCCCGAGGGACGUCCCGACCGCCCUUCGCGACGGGUCAAAGCCGUACCUCCCGACCCGCUUCGUCGCUCUCCUCGGUCGAACCCGAGUGUGCGAGUUUUUCGCGACUAAUAAGCAGACGGAGCGCCCGGCAAAGAAGAGGAAGCGGGGCAGGCCGCGCAAGAACGAAGAACGAGGAGGAGGUGAGACGCGCGACGUCGAGACGAGCACGGAUCUGACUCCGGCGGUGGUCGAUGCGGUUCGCGCGUACCUGUGCCGCGUGGCGCACGGCGAUUGGUCGCGUUGGGGUACCAUCGCCGGCGACGUCGUCGUCGAGCUGCCGAUGACGACGAAAGCGGGGAUCGAGAUCGCCGUAUACGACGUUCCCGGCGCGCCUCGCACCGGAUCGCCGUGGCAAAACGCCCACUCCCGCGCGCACCUCGUCCGCACGUUGGGCUCGCGUCCCCUGGACGCCCUCGUGUCCGUCUGCGACGGAAGCUUCGGUCCGUCUCGGGAGCUGAGGGGCGCGAUGCGGGAGAGCGGGGCGCUGGAUACGAUGGUCUCCGACGACGGCGGCGGCGUCCUCGUGCUGGCGUGGCCCCUGGAUAAGAUCGCGUCCCACGACCCGAGCGUGACGUUGGAUCCGAACGCGUACGCGGCGAUGCAGACGAAGCUCGCGGAGCGGGGCCAGGUGAGCGACGCGGGAGACGACGAUUCGGCGUCUGACCACAAUCGUGAUACUCACGACGAGGACGACGAGGACUCAGACGACUCAGACGACUCAGACGACGUGGAUUCCGGUUUGGACUCGGGUACGGCGCGUCGUCCUCGCCUCCUCUCCCGCGGUGGGUGUGACGAGAGUUGGACGCGGUGCCUCGCGCGCGCGGCGGGAAGGAACGGGGGCGUCGUGCGAGGCGCGAUGUCGUCGCAACCGGUGCACACCUUUUUCGGCGCAGUCGAACCCGAAGCGUCGUGCGGGUCGGGGUCGAGCACUCCGAAGCGCGGCGGGCGGGCGUUCAGGGAUUCGUUCGCGUCGUUGGCGGGGUACCUCGUGGAACGCGCGGGCGACGCGCUCGAGAGGCGGCGGCGGUCGUGCGACGAAGGCGACGAAGAUGAAGACGACGACGACGAGAGGCGGCGGUCAAAGGCAAAGGCAAAGGCAAAGGCGGCGGUCAUCGACGUCGCCCGCGGAAACGGGACGGGGAUCGACGACGCGGAGAACCCGUCGGCACCCCGCGCUCCUCCUCCCCCCCCUCCUUCCCUCCCUGCACCGCCGCCGCCGGCGACCGCGGCGUCCCGGUUGACGGCUCGCGAGCCGCUGCGCGACGUGUCCGCCGAGCGGGGGAGAAACGCCGAGUGCUCUUUAAAGCCGCCGGUUUUACUAAAGCCGCGACGAGGAGCCUCGGGCGCGCGGAGGAUGGGUCCCCUCGAGGCUGCCGCUCGACGCGCGGGGGGAACCGCGGCCGGCCGGGGGGCGCAGGCUCCUUCCGAGCGGAGGGUUCGGUUCACGAGCGGCGUGCUCGGAGGGACGAGCGCGGACGACGGGGGCGGGGAGGAGGUUGGAAAAGAGGUCGCGGUUGCGAAGGACGAACGCGCGGGGAACCGACCGCGGCAGGACCUUUUUUCAAGGGAUGCGCGCGUGGUGCCCUGGUGGGAGAGGAAGCUGUGA